CUAUGUUUCCUUCAGAUAUGGAGUGAGAACAUCGGACAUUACAACAACCAAAAAUCUCCUUCUUCUUCUUUCUUUAUUACUAUUUUUUUAUUUUUAUUUUUUAUUUUGCUUUUAUCAUCAUAUAAAGAGGACUGCUACAAUUCAACCAUACCCUUCCUUGCAAGGAUAUUCAAACAAAAUUAUCUUCUAUUUUAAUUACUAUUUUUUCUUUUUCUUUUCUUUUCUCUCUCUCUCUCUCUCUCUCUUCUUUUUUUUUUAAGUAAAACCCACAAAAUCCCCAGCUUGUUCUUCUUCUAUUAUCUAAACACACACACACAUACACACACACACAAAAAAAAAAAACAAAAAAAAAACAAAACAAAAGAUAUAUCAAUUAUGCAGAAUCAUCAUCAUCAUCAGCAGCAGCCGCACAUGAACUUGGUUUUGUCUACUGAUGCUAAACCAAGGCUAAAAUGGACUCAUGAGCUUCAUCAAAGAUUUGUUGAAGCUGUCAAUUAUCUUGGUGGAGCAGAUAAAGCUACACCUAAGAGUUUGAUGAGAGUUAUGGGUAUCACUGGUCUUAGUCUUUACCAUCUCAAAAGCCAUUUACAGAAAUACAGAUUGGGGAAAAGCCAGCAAGCUGAAACCAAUGCUCAAGUCAAACUACAAGAGAUGCAGAAAAAAAGUGGGCAUUUUGAUGGUGAGGAAAACAAGGAUAGAACUCAAAACCAAAACAAAACAGAGAACAUGAAGAUAUCAGAAGCUCUUGAAAUGCAAUUGCAAGUACAGAAGAGACUACAAGAACAAAUAGAGGUACAAAAACAUUUGCAGCUGAAAAUCGAAGCACAAGGGAAGUAUUUGAAGAUAGUAUUGAGAAAAGCACAAGAGACAAUUGCAGGGUACGGAUGUUGUUCUGAAGCACUUGAAGAAGCCAAAGCAGAGCUCUCUCAAUUGGCUUCAAUGGUGAGUUCUGGGUGUCAGAGCUCUUGUUUAUCAGAAUUGACAGACUCAACAGAACUUAGUUUUAAAGGGAUUGAAAGAGUGGGAAGUGGAAGAAGAAUGUGUUCCAUUGAAAGCUCUUUAACAUCUUCAGAGACCUCAGAGGAGGCCCCAACCACGAAGAAGAGAAAAGGAAAUGGAAAAGAAAAGGAAAAAGAAGAGAGUAGCUCUGUUUGUGAGGAGGAGGAGGAGGAGGAGGAGGAGGAGGAAUUGAGAAUGAUGGACUUGAAUGAUACAGCAAUUGGAUUUGGAUCAAAGUUGAUUCAGUUUCUUUAAAAAGUGGUGAAAUUAUUUUAAGAUGAUGAAUAUGUGAAGUUUAGUGCUGAAAAGUUGGCAAUUUGCUUGUAAAAUGUGUAAAUGAAAUGGGGGUAUUGUACUAUUAUUGUAUAUAAUGCAUGUUUUUCAUUUAGUAAGUAAAAUUUCAAGAAACCCCUAAUGUUACACUAAA